AUGCCUACUGAAGCUUCUACCUCUAGAGACUCUUAUUAUUCGUCUUUAUUCGACGAAUAUAUCGCUGCUUCACCACGUGAAUCAACAUGGAGUCAUACUACUAUUAAUUCUGUUAAAAAACGACCCUCACUUAACUUGCAUCUUCGCGAACCUAGCAUAAGCAGUCUAAAACGGCAACCAUCGUUUGAUUGUCCUACUCCUGCAUUAUCUUCACUUAAAAAUGCUCCUAAUUAUUCUAAUCCGAUUAAUUCAGUAUUUCAUUAUACUGCUAACGGUAUUCAUUCUCCUCCUCCUCAUCCCAGUCCGUAUGUCUUUACUCAUUAUAGUUCAUACAAUAAUACUGGAACUAAAAACAGUAAUGGUGGUAUUGGAGAAGGAACUAAAAACAGUAAUGGUGUUAUUGGAGAAAGAACAGACGGUUUGACUGUACCUAAUGAAUAUUUAAGAGAAAGUAGUAGAAGUAGGACUCCCUCUCUUUCUGGGAGUAGUAUUGAAGAUCGAAGUGAAAGUCGUAAUCACAAUCAUAUAAAAAAUUCUUCCAGUAGUGAUGAGAAUUUACCACCAAAACAUUCUAUUUCACGACAACAAAAUUCCUAUAAUGUUCAUCCAGGAACCUUAAAGGUGCAACAUGAUCCAUAUGAAAAUGAUAGAGACCAAUAUGGUUUCAAAAGAUCUUAUCAAUGGAUAAGCAAAAAAGAGUAUAUCGAUUUUGAGGCUUCUUAUUCACAUAUUUUACAACGAAGAAAACUUAAAUGGGAUGCAGUAUUAAAUGAAAAUGGAGGAUUAAUACCCAGUAAAUGUUCUAAAAUGAAGAGAUAUGUUCGUAAAGGAAUUCCACCGUCGCUUCGAGGAAGGGUAUGGUUUCAUUAUAGUGGUGCUGAAGCCAAUAUGAAAAGUCAUUCGGGUCUUUACCGACAACUUGUGCUAAAAGCUCAAGAUCCUGGAUUGGAAAACGAAUAUUUUGAAGUGAUCGAAAGAGACAACGUUCCAAUUAUUCAAUCCCUUCGUCGUGUUCUUACAGCUUUUGCUCUACAUUCCCCCCAUAUCGGUUAUUGUCAAUCCCUUAACUAUAUAGUUGGGAUUCUUUUAUUAUUUAUGGAAGAAGAGAAAGCAUUUUGGAUGCUAGUGACUAUUGUUCAUGAUUAUUUACCAGAGAACAUGUACGAUGUCACAAUGGAAGGUUCAAACGUCGAUCAGGCCGUUCUCAUGUCACUUAUUAUGAGAAAAAUGCCUGAUAUUUGGAAUAAAAUGAAUGGAGGUGCUAAUAUUGAUAUAGAAAAAUCGGAUGGUAAUAUGCCAACAAUUACUCUAGUAACUAGUCAUUGGUUCUUAACCCUUUAUAUCAAUAUUUUACCAAUUGAGACAUUACUCAGAGUUUGGGAUUGUUUCUUCUAUGAAGGCAACAAAAUACUUUUCCGUGUUGCAUUAGCUAUACUCAGAUUAAAUGAAGAAAAGAUCAUGGCAGUAGAUGAUCCCAUGGAAAUAUUUCAGGUAGUUCAGGGAUGCUUCCGUCGCCGUGAUUGUAUAUCUGAAAUAUCCCAAAAGGAUAUUGAUCGGCGUCGAGAACUUUUCCGUGAACGACGGAAAAAGCGGGUAGGAACCAUGUUGUCUAAACAUUAG